AUGGAGAUCUUAGCUGCAGCACUGUCGUCGUCAUGGGAAGUGACGUUGAGCUGCGCAGCGCUGCUAGGCAUCGUCUGCCACCAGACCUUCAUGCAGCCCGUUGAGGUCGACAGCUGGGGAUGGGAAAUGGUGAUCGCAUACUUCAGCGUUCUCGGCAGUAUCCUCGUCGGCUACAUACUAUCAACCGACUUCAGUCUCGCAUCUGCACUCCUUCGCACCUACUCUGCCGGAGCGGCCUUUCUUGUGGGACUGUACGGCAGCAUGCUGACGCUCCAUUCGAGAUAUGGCGACUUUGUGCGGACCGGGCCGCGCGAGCUCACGGUGCUGCGCGCUUCGGCUGUCGAGCUCAUCUAUGGCUCUUCGUCAAAGUGCACGAAAGGGACAUGGUACGAUCAGAACUCGGGAAACCCCGACAAAGUCGGCAUCGAGAAUGUCCGUGAUAAGGAAAAGCACAGAAUCCGCCGGAAGGCUUGGGACAAGGGGCUUGGUUUUCGAGCUCUCGACACGUAUGAGACACGAGUAUCAGGCAAAGUGAACCAGCUGAUGACUCGGAUUGGCACGGGCAGGCCGGUGAAUAUAACGCAAGACAACAUCUUCUACGCCUGGGACGUCAUGGGAGAUAUCGCCUUCUCCAAGGAUUUUCAUAUGCUUCACACUGGUGUAGAGCAUCCCGCCGUGGACGGUCUUCACUGGGCCAUGGCAACCGCGGGAGUGGUCACGACCCUGCCAUGGCUCAUGAAUAUGCUGCGGGUCAUCCCUGGCGCCACCGGCAGAUUCGAACGCUUCGCGGAAUGGUGCUACGAGCAGCUCGAUCUGAAGCGAGAGGCACUAGCUCUGGAGAAAACCAGCGGCAAGACCGUGGAAUCGCAAGACGUGAUGUCUUGGAUCAUCAAAGCCCAGCAAGAAGGCGAUCGAUCAGCUCCCCCGACCGAGUCUGCAAUCCGGGAGGACGUCCGCACUCUGAUCUCCGCCGGCAGCGAUACCGUUGCUAUUGUCUUCACGAAUUU